AUGGAGAUAGCUGCAAUCUUGCAGCAUCGCAGCUUGGAGCUGGACUUGGAAUGGGCCCCACGGCUGCAAAAUGUGCAUGCCGACUCCCUGACCAACGCAGUUUAUCGUGGGUUCAACCCCGUGCUGCGCAUUAGGUUCUGCUUGGAUGAUUCUGAAGGCAUUGUUUUGCAGAAAAUGUUCAAAGCGGGAGCUGAGCCUUACAGCUUCUGGUGGCGCUUGGCGUGGCAUUCUUGUGGGGCAAAUGCUGUGGGGGUACAGAAGCUGACUGGGCAGGGUAUCAUCUGGAUUUGCACGAGCCGUAUUGGCAUCAACCAAAAGCAUGCAAGGUGGUUACAUUGUUGGUGCCAGAAUGCGCUCCAAGAGAAAGUUGUAAAACUGGCAGACAUGCAGUCGGUGCUUGGUCGCAUGCGUUUUGCCUUUGCAGCCCUUGAGCACCUGCGGCCGUUUCUGGGUCCCAUUUACAAAUGGGUGGCUGCCUUGAAGCACGUGCAAGAGUGCCGUUGGUACAGUGACAUGCUAAACCGCCAAAAUGCAUUCUGGGCAUUUUUGGCCGGGGAGCUUUUUUGCGCCAUUGCAACGUUGGAAAUGCUGGCAACUUUGGCUGCGCUGGUGGUAUUCGAAAACGAUGCAGAGGGUCGUUCAGCCUCCACCGGCAACCUGGGAAAUGCAUGUGUGCUCCGGAGGUGGUGA